AAACCUCCCCACCACAGAACCAGCACUCCAUAGGACUAUUAGGCAUGGUUUGUUUCUGCUUCUUAGUUGAUCAAAAGAGGACGAUGAGGAGAAGCAAGCCAGCGGCAGGGAUGUGUUCGCGGUGCGGUGGAGCAAGCGUGGCAGACAUGAAAACCGCCACAAGGUUCUGUUGCGUCCCAUUCUACUGGAAAUCUUGGAAAGUUAUUGUAUGUACUUUCCGUGGAGCUAUUCUUAAAUCUUACAACAAAUAAAAAAAUUAUUCUUGGUUUUAAUUUUUUGAAUUUAAUUUUUUGAAAAUUAAAUUUUUUAU